UAUCUCUCUACUGACUAGUCUAUCUACAAAUUCAAAAACUUGUCUUCUCUUUUCUCUCUACUUCACUUCUCAUCUCAAAACCCAACCAAAUGUCUUCUAGUUCUAGUUCUCCCAUGUUGCUCCUCCUCCUCCUCAUUACACUCUUCUUUUCACAUUCUUCAUCUCAAAUGCUACUAUUACCCUUAACACACUCACUUUCCAAAACACAACAAUUCAACACCACCCACCACCUCCUCAAAUACAUCACCACUCGUUCCAUAUCACGCUUCCACCACCAUCAACUCUCUCUAGGAUCCGACUACACUCUCUCUUUCAACAUUGGCCCUCACUCUCAACCCAUCACUCUCUACAUGGACACCGGAAGCGACCUUGUUUGGUUUCCAUGCACCCCUUUUAACUGCAUACUCUGUGAACUCAAACCCAACCCUUAUUCUUCAUCUGCCCCCACCAACAUCUCCCAUAGCACCCCCGUUUCAUGCAGCUCCAAAGCAUGCUGUGCAGCACACAGUUCCAUUUCUUCCUCCGAUCUCUGCGCAAUGGCUCGUUGCCCUUUAGAUUACAUUGAAACCAAAGACUGUGGUUCCUUUCACUGUCCUCCGUUUUACUAUGCAUACGGCGACGGAAGCUUGAUCGCUCGUCUCUAUCGUGACACACUUUCUCUUUCUUCGCUGCAACUUCGAAACUUCACAUUCGGUUGUGCUCAAACCACGUUUUCAGAACCCACCGGCGUUGCUGGGUUUGGACGUGGCUUACUCUCUCUCCCAUCUCAGUUAGCUAAGCACUCUCCUCAGCUUGGAAACCGUUUCUCUUAUUGUUUGGUUUCUCAUUCUUUUCAUCCCGAACGAGUUCGAAAACCGAGUCCACUCAUAUUGGGUCGUUACGACGAUGAAAAACAGAAGAAUAUUGGUGGUGGUGGUGGUGGUGAAGUUGUUGAGUUUGUGUAUACUUCAAUGCUUGAGAAUCCUAAGCAUCCUUAUUUUUACUGUGUUGGUUUGAAAGGAAUUUCCGUCGGGAAAAAGACCGUUCCGGCGCCGGGGAAUUUGCGGAGGGUGAAUAAGAGAGGUGACGGCGGUGUAGUUGUGGAUUCCGGUACAACGUUUACGAUGUUACCGGCGGGGUUUUAUAACUCGGUGGUGGCGGAGUUUAACCGGAGUGUCAUGCGAGUUCACCGGAGGGCUCGUGAAGUUGAGAUGAAAACGGGGCUUUCGCCGUGUUAUCAUUUGAACGCGGCGGCGGAUGUGCCGGCGAUGGAACUGCGUUUUGUUGGGGUGAAUUCAAGUGUGGUGCUGCCUAGGAAGAAUUACUUUUAUGAGUUUUUGGACGGUGGAGAUGGGUUGAAGAAGGAGAGGAGAGUGGGUUGUUUGAUGUUGAUGAACGGUGGAGAUGAAUUUGAAGUGAGUGGUGGGCCCGGGGCGAUCCUUGGGAAUUAUCAACAGCAGGGAUUUGAAGUUGAGUAUGAUCUUGAAAAGAAGCGCGUUGGUUUUGCUAGGAGAAAGUGCGCGUCGCUUUGGGAUCGUCUCAAUCGUGACAAAAACUAGUGUGUACGUGUUAUGGUUCAUACACACGUGUGCUCUUGUAUAUAUUUUAUUUUAUUUAGUACUACUAGUAAUUUAGAAUUUAUAUAUUUGUAUGUAAUCUACUUGUGAUGGAAAAUCAAUGUUUAUCCUGCACUUCAUCUUUUGUCACUAUCAACUACUAUGCUGCUACUGAGAUAUGAUAGAAAUGGGCUACUAUUUUUGAAUGAGGGUAUUAUUGGAGUUAUUGUUUUAUGUUGGUGAUGUGAAAAAUUCGAGGCACAAUAUUGUGAGUUGUGGGGAAUGAAGCAUGUAUAUAAUCCAAGGUAAGAAAUGAAAUUCCAAGAUGAUGAGUUAAAUUCUCUUAACUCACUCAGUUUGGGCCAUCCCUAGGGAAUUGGGGUGGGGGACCAUAUCUACUGUGUGAUUUCGGAGAGACUAAAGAUUCUUGAUGUUUCUGUUCAUGUACUUGGUUAGUAUGUUUGUCCUCCAAUAGAAAGG